AGCGGAUGCAGUCGCGACGGUGGCUGAGCACAAUCCGCCGCGCCAGGAGGCGGUUGGCACAGCGAGGAGUUGCCGCCAGCGACAUUAACGUGCUCGUGGCACACGCGCACGACCCACCUCUUUCGAGGGAAAGCCUGUUCUUGCAUCCUGACAAGCUCUUGACGCCCGCUGAAAGCCAGCGCCUGGAGGACUUGACGAGCCGCCGACUGGCCGGCGAGCCACUCGCGUACGUCACGGGGGUUAAAGAGUUUUGGUCCCUUCCAUUCAAAGUGACCAAGGACACCCUCAUCCCGCGUCCCGACUCUGAGCUCUUGAUCGACACGUUGCUCAACUUGCAUACCAAGGACGACCCGCUUCGUAUUUUGGACAUUGGCACUGGCACGGGUUGUCUCAUCGUGGCUGCCCUCGCCGAGUUUCCGAAUGCCACCGGCGUGGCCAUCGACAUAUCGCCGGCAGCGCUACAAGUCGCUCGACACAAUGCCGACACGCAUGGCAUGGCUUCGCGAAUGAUCUGCAUCGAGCAGGACAUGCGGCGGUUCGACCGCGACAUGACGUUGCAUUGGGCCACACCUCCCUUUGACGUGGUUCUUUGCAACCCGCCGUACAUUUCCAUGGACGAAGUGCCAUGGAUGGAUGCACAUGGUACACGUUUCUCGCUGGUUCGGCGCCAGCUGUGUCAUAUCAUGGAGGUUGGAAUCGUAGUCGUCCUUCACGAGCCGCACUUGGCCUUGUUUGCCGACCACGAUGGCCUUGCCCUGUACAGCGUCCUCCGGAGCCCCCUGCGCGACCAAUUGCUUCGCCCUGGAGGCCACGUCCUGUUUGAAGUGGGCUUUGCCCAGGCCGCACGAGUCGUCGACUUGUACAAAGGCGCCUCCUUUAUCCAAAGCACUCGGUUGGAUCGAAUGGUCGUUCAAGACGUUCAAGGCAUCGACCGUGUGGUUGUCAUGCAAACUCGACCGUAGCCUCAACGCCUUCGACCACGCUAGAGAUGGAGCUGUGCAUGAAUGGACACGUAUUGUUCCUUGUAGCCUCUCGCCUUGAAUGGCAGCAGGCAGCGAG